AGAUUUCAUUUUCCGAGCACAAAAGUUCGUUUGGAAAAAUGUUUCUCAAAAGAUUUUCAGCAAAAUCCUUCACCUACAGAUCACUUUUGAUGAACUAUCGCCAUUCUUCAAUUUCGGAAUUUGCUUUUUCAACCCUAGAAAUUGAUCUGAAUCCCACAUACAAGAAUCAUUCCAAUGGCGACGAGUCCCGUAUACUGAGCCAGCUCUCCGACAUUUUCCCCACAUCGAUUUCUAACCCCGCCGCCGCCGCCGUCGCCGUAAAUCCACCGCCCAGGCAAUCGGAAAUCAGCGCCGCCGUCGAUGAUUUUCUUCCGCCAGAGGAUAAACUCCGCGGAGUUUUUUUGCAGAGAUUUAGCGGCGAAACCGCAAUUCACCGCGCACUGAGCGGCGUCGGUGUAGAAUUAAACGACGACGUAUUUGCUAAAGUACUGAACAGAGGUAACUUAUGUGGUAAAUCGAUGGUGGCGUUCUUCAAUUGGGCGAUUGAGCAGCCGGAUUUGUCGAAAGGUAUUGAUUCUUACCAUGUAGUACUUAAAUCAUUAGGUAGGAGGAAAUUCUUUGUGCAUAUGAUGGAAAUGUUGAAAGAUAUUAGGGAUAAAGGAAUGUGCCCUAAUUCAGAGACUCUUUUCAUUUUCAUGGAUAGUUACGUUCGAGCUCGCCAGGUUUCUAAAGCUACUAAAUUUUUCGGAGAAUUGGACAAGUACGGAUUGGUAUUUAACGAGGAAACAUUCACCGUCGCUUUAAAAUGUCUGUCUCAGCGUUCGUACGUGGCCACUGCGUGUUUGUUGUUCAAUAAAAUGAGAGAUAAGGUGCAAUGCGACUGUGCGAUGUAUAAUAUUAUCAUCGGCGGUUGGUCGAAGUUCGGUGCAGUUUCUGAAAUCGAGAAGUAUUUGAAGGUGAUGGUGGACGAGGGAGUUGAGCCCGAUUGUGUUACUUAUAGUUAUGUAAUCGAGGGUUUUGGUAGAGCUGGUAAAAUUGAUGAUGCUGUUAAGAUUUUUAAGUACUUGGAGGAAAAGGGGAGUGGGCUGAGUGGUGGGGUGUACAAUGCUGUGAUUUUUAAUUGUAUUGCUAGCGGUGAUAUUAACGGGGCUUUAAAAUACUACGAGGAAAUGCUGAGUAAUUGUUUUGAGCCAAAUAUCGACACUUACACUAGAUUCAUAGUGUAUUUUCUUAAGAGUAGAAGAGUUUCGGAUGCUAUUGGGAUGUUGGAUGAGAUGCUAGGUCGAGGGGUAAUUCCGUCCACGGGAAUUUUGACUGGUUUUAUUGAACCUUUGUGUAGCUAUGGUCCGCCUUAUGCUGCGCUGAUGGUUUAUAAGAAGGCGAGAAAAGCUGGAUGUAGAAUAUCGUUCACUGCCUAUAAACUAUUGCUAAGUAGGUUGUCUAGGUUUGGCAAAUUUGGGAUGUUGCUGAAUAUAUUGGACGAAAUGCAAGAGAGUGGUUAUUCUUCUGAUAUGCAGGUUUAUGAGUAUAUAAUAAAUGGUCUCUGUAACACGGGGAAGCUUGAAACAGCUGUCAAAGUUAUGGAGGAAUGUAUACGUAAAGGGUUUUACCCUGGAAAGAUUAUUUGCAGCAAACUUAAUAACAUGUUGAUGGAUUCGAAUAAAGUCGAGGUGGCAUACAAGUUAUUUCUGAAGUUGAGAAAGGCUCGUGUUAAUGAAAAUGCACAAAGAUACUGGAGAGCGAAAGGAUGGCACUUCUAGAACUUUUCUCAUAUGUCGGUUGGUUGCGGCUCGUAAAUGGUCCGACAAGCUUCCCCUUCAAGAUCAAAGUUCUUGAUGAAUUUAAUUGCGUUGAUGCUGCAAAGGUAAAACUAUAGUUCUGGUCAUGUAAAGUUGGCCAUUUAUAAUUUAGUUAGAAAUUGUG